AUGUACCCGACCGAUUUAAAAAAUGGCACGAUUAAAUUAAAUCCUUUUACUACCAAUCACAACAUUAUGUUGAAAACUAUUCAAAAUCUGUGCUACAAUAAAUCCAAUAGCGGCUUUAACAUGACGUCACCAUUCCUGGUAGACAAUAUAUUGCAUCCGCAGAAAACUGUGAACUUUCACAAUCAGUUCCUGAAUCAUCAAUUGGAAAGUUACAUGCAAAGUCAGAACUAUUCGCGCGAGAACUCGCCGGAGGUCGACGAAACUAAAACAGUUGAUAACGACGAAGAAAACCGGACAGAGGAAAUAGAGAAAGUCGACGAUGAAGAUUCUAAAAGUCGAGACGAAGAUUUCAGCAUGAAAAACGAAACCGGGUACUACAAUCACGAUUUUUACAACAGAAACGACGACAGAAAUGAGAAAGAGGUUCUAAACAUACCGAAUCUUUCUCGGAGAUGUCAUUGUGGUUCGUUCGAUUGCCCGCCAUUCGCUUGUAAGAAAUCAGGGAUCCGUCGUUUGGAGGAGUUAGAAAAACGGUUCAAUUUGCACAGUUAUCAGGAAAACUCUGGCGACGAAGACGCGAAGGAGAGGUUCAAUACAGAGGACAUGGUUAGGAGUUGUGAGGACUAUAACGUGGAGCAGAAGAAGCCGCUGCUCAAAUUUAGUGUUAGUGCGAUACUGGGGGACCAAGUUCGGGAUCCUGUCAAGAAUAAUAUUAACGAAUACCGGCAGCCAGUCCUCGGCAACCCUUGGCCGAUAGCGAAGCCGAUAGCGAGCAGGCCUAUACCAGUACAGCAUCAGCAUUUACAGCACCUACUUGCGCAUUGUCACCAUCCCUACUUAGUGAGACCUGCGCAGGCGCACACACAAGUGUUUCCACUUCCCGGUGGUUUCCCAUGGGCGCACAGUUCGAGAGGGAAGCCUCGACGCGGCAUGAUGCGCCGGGCGGUGUUCUCGGACCUGCAGCGCAAGGGGUUGGAGAAGAGAUUCCAGGUGCAGAAGUACAUCUCCAAACCUGACAGGAAGAAACUAGCUGAGAAACUCGGCUUAAAGGACAGUCAGGUAAAAAUCUGGUUCCAAAACCGUCGCAUGAAAUGGCGAAACUCCAAGGAGCGCGAGCUCCUGGCUUCCGGGGGUUCAAGGGAACAAACGUUACCGAAUAAGAACAACCCCCAUCCGGACUUAUCGGACGCGGAAGCAGAUAAACCAAAAAUGUCGCCAACGCCAGCCAAUAACGAGGAGGAGGAAAUAAAAAACAAAAUGUACGCAUCGACGUCCAACUGUCAAAGUGACAGCUACCGUUACGACGACAAAAUGUCGGGCGGCGCGUUGUUUGCGCGGGAAAACGUUUACACAAAUGAAGAUGGCGAUGAUUUUGACAGCGACGCCAGUGCAUCCGAUGAAGAAAUUAAUGUGACAUGA